AUGAGGCAUAGCAUAAUCAUCAACGAGGAGACAGUGCUAUACUACCACAACCAAUGCAUCACAGACCUGCGCUCCCUAGCUGGUGAACCAGACGCAAUCACGGACGGGAAUCUGCUCGCGGCGGUAGUUAUACUCCGGUUCUAUGAGGAGUUAGACAACCCUUUUGUCACUCUCCCCACCGAAACUGCCGCUCGCGGGUUACACGUCUUCAUCGAAGCGCAGGCGCAGACCGCUCUCUCCCCCUCUUCUACCCUCGACCCUAAAACCAAUGAUAGUCUCCGACAAGCCGUCUUCUGGACGGGCUUCCGGCAGGAAUUCCACAUGGCUUUCUCACAACAACGGCCAUUCCGGCUUCCCCUCUCCCUCUCUGUUACACGGGAUCAUCUAGUCUGGACACCUGCAAUAGAUGCGAUUUGGACGAAUCGGUUGCUUAUUAUCGGGGCACGGGUGAUUCAGUACUGCUAUGAUGAUACAUCCCCCGGAUACGGGAAUGUAGUUGGUUAUCAAGAGUUAGUUUCCCUACGGGAUAAAUGGGUGCGUUCGAGGCCUGUGUCGUUGUCACCGGUUUAUUUCGAACAACCGAAUCCAGAAGAAAAAGUAUUCUUCCCUGGUAUGUGGUAUCUAGACGAUUGCCACAUCGUCGCAGCGCAAACCCUCAAGUUAUUCGAUAUCCUCUUCGCAGCAUAUUCGCCAUACAUACCCCGCAUUGGACCUGCGCUACAUCUAGAGAUGGAGAAAGUGGAUGAGAAGCUGAGGGCUGCUGUGUUGGAGAUCUGUGGGAUUGCGGUUUCAAAUAAGCAAUCUGCGCCAGCGCUGACGACGGCUUGCAUUGCGGUUAGUAUUUGUGCGGAGAGGUUUAGUGGUUGUAGUCGUGGAGUAAAAAGGGCGUUGAUGGAUGUGGUUGUUGGUAUGGGGAGGGUGUUGAAUUAUUGGCCGGCGAGGGUUGUACGGGAUAGGUUGGAAGUUGUUUGGAGUGAGUUGAUUGGCAGCUAG